CCCCCAGCACACCAGAGAUGAGCGCAGGGCACUGGGCUCAGGAGGGCUCCAAGCAGCCUCUGCCAGCAGCGCAGGGGACUCUUAUCAACAACCCACAGCUGGCCAAAGGGAGGGGAGAUAUGGCAAUUCCCGUGAUGCGACAACUAUGUCUCCACAAACAGGACAGGGGCACUGCAGGAGCACCGGGAAGGAACUCCUGAAGGGAGAAGAGCAAAACCAGUGUUAGAUGAGGUCACAUAACCGCCGGCAGCUCCAGCUGCAGGCUGCAGGGAGCAGACGGUGCCAGACGCCCAGCGGUGCUGUCCCGGCCAUCCAGCUCCUCCGGGGUUCGACCCACUCACUCGAACGAGGUGGAAACACUGUACAAGUCCAGUCCAGCCAAGAUCUGCUGAGGUCAAGGGAGUGGAGAGCAGACUGAAGAGGUUCAGACCCAUCUGAAACCUUCCUUCCCACAGGAAUGCUGGUGUCCAGUAUGGAGAUAGAAGAGAUGGAGACCCUGGCCAAUGAGGUGGAGGAGAGGAGUGGAAGAGUGGAUGUGACCCUGGACCCAAACACUGCCAACCCCUUCCUCAUCCUGGCUGAUGAUGGGCGAGACGUGAGGCGCGGGGACACGUGGACAUCGCUGCCCGACAACCCCGAGCGGUUCGACACGGAGCCCUGUGUGCUGGGGGGCCGGGGCUUCACGGCGGGGCAGCACUGCUGGGAGGUGGAGGUGGCCGAGGGGGGCAACUGGUGGGCUGCAGGGGUGGCCCGGGAGUCUGUCAGGAGGAAGGGGGUCCUCAGUUUUACCCCCGAGGAGGGGAUCUGGGCCGUGGGGCAGUGGUUUGGACAGUACCACGCUUUUACUGACCCUGACUGGACACCCCUGCACCUUGCCCAGGUGCCCAGGGCCAUCCAGGUCUCUUUGGACUUGGUGGGCAGGCAGGUGGCGUUUGCUGAUGCUGAAAACGAAGCCCCGAUCUUUGCUUUCUGCCUGGCUUCAUGUCCUGAGGAGAGGCUACACCCGUGGCUCUGGGUGGGAAUGGACUCGUGCCUCAGGCUGUGUCAUACGUUUGCGGAGAUGCCUUUUCUUUUGUUUUUCCAGUACUUUGUUACGUGCAACACCAUGCUCCUCAUUCACAAGGCAGAGGCAGAUGGGUUUGCAGUGCCAGCAUCCAGUCACCCUGUCCUUGCUGCUGUGGGGGGGGCUGCUGUGCUGCCCUGCUGCCUUGACCUGGGGGCGAGCGCUCGGCCCUCAGAGGUGAGCUGGCUCCGGAUGCCACACUCAUCACUCGUGCAUCACUACUGCGAGCAGAAGGGCCAGGACAGGGAGCAGACUCCAGAGUACCGAGGCAGGACAGAACUGCUGAUACACCGCAUCCGCCAGGGCUGCAUGGAUUUGAGACUUUCUGCUGUCCGACCCUCUGAUGAGGGGCAGUACACCUGCUUGGUUCGUAGUGGCAUCAGCUACAAAGAAGCUCGGCUGGAACUGAAGGUGACAGCCAUGGGGUCUGCUCCUCAUAUCUCCGUGGAGAAUAUCCAAGGAGGCAUCAGAAUUGUGUGUCGAUCAUCUGGUUGGUACCCAGAGCCCCGGGUCCUGUGGAGAGAUUCCAGCCAUCAGCACAUACCUUCAGAGGCUGAAAACCGAUCCCGGGACGCAAGGGGCCUCUUUGAAGCACAGAGCACCCUCCUUGUCAUGGGAAGUACUCCAAAGGACUUGUCCUGUGUGGUGAGGAACACGUACCUCAACGAAGAAAAGGAAACUGCUUUUCACAUGUCAGACUUUUUACGAGGAGCCUAUCCAGGCGUGGUUGUUCCAAGUGUGAUCCUGACAGUGUUUGGUGUCAUUGGCUUCAUUACUUAUCUGUUGAAGAUCAAAGGGUGGAGGAGAUUUGCAGACAAACUAGGAAAAGCAAACAUGACUCUGGAUCCAGACACCGCUCACCCCUGGCUGCUCCUCUCAAAGGAUGGUAAAGGCGUGAGAUGGGGAGCAGAGUGGCAAGAGCGACCUGAAGGACCUGAGAGGUUUGAUACAUGGUGUUGUGUGCUGGGCUACGAGGGCUUCACUUCUGGGCAGCACACCUGGGAGGUCACCGUGGACAGUGCAAAGAGCUGGGGCGUGGGACUUGCCAGGGCCUCUCUGCAGAGGAAGGGACGGAUCCCACUCAGCCCCCAGGAGGGGCUCUGGGCUGUGGUGAAGCUGGACAAAGUUUUUCGGGCUCUGACGUCCCCUGAAUGCACCCCACUGCCACUGACCUGCAUCCCAAGAAGGAUGCGCAUUUCUCUGGAUUAUGAAAAGGGUCAAGUAGCCUUUUCAAAUGCUGAUACAGAUGCCCCCAUCUUCACUUUCCUGCCAGCCUCGUUCAAGGGAGAGAGGAUCCACCUUUGGCUCUGGGUAUGGGAUAAAAAAUCCUGGCUCAGGUUGUCUCCCUGAAGCCAUGGUUGUCUCCCUGUCUCCAUGGCCUUUAGAGAACCUGUAUUAGUUUAGCCUUGCCUCUACAUUUCUGAAGACUUCCUAGUGAAUUAAUUUGUGAGCUGGAGGGUCAGUGUUUUAGGAUGGUUUUGUCAAUCAGCAGGCUAACAGGCGAGCAGCGGUUGAAAGGUGAUGGGCAGCUUAGAGAAAGGGUUUCCCUCUUGGGAGGGCAGUAGUCUGUGCUGAGCCUUGUCUGCAGUUCUACGUGUUGUGUGACAGCUGGGUGGUCCCAAAGCAAUUCCUACUUGCUGGAUCUUGCUCUUUGGAGGUGCACAGCCUAUGUGUUUCUAUGAAUGGAAAGAGAUGAUGAGAAAGCUUGAGCUUCAUUCACAGCUGUCCACCUACAUGACAUUUUAGGCCAGGCUCUCGUCUUUCGGCACACAACAGCAAGAUUACGAUUUGUGAGACCAGAACUCGGAGUUCCAUGACCACCACUCAGCAACUUUGCCUUGGUUUUGCAGCUUGUUGGAAAUGUCCUGUGCCAGAAUAACAGCAGCCUCAGGAUGCGGCGGCUCCACACAUCCCUUUUUUCCAGCAGUUUAGCUUGUCUGAGGUCAACCCACCACAGUCCUUUUUGGCACCACUCAACAUGGGGCUUGAAGAAGCCUUGUGAGAAACAAAGUUGUGUUUUUGCAAUAGAAGGUGUUUUUGCAGUGGAA